AGCUCAGAUUCGUCUCUCGUUUACCAGUUCUUCGUUUUCAUUUUCUGAGAAAGAGUGUUUGUUUGUUAUCUCUGGAAACACACUUUGCGUCAAGUCUUCUUUCUUUUCUCCUUUUCCCAAUUAAUUAAUUCCCAAUUCUCAAUAAUUUCCUCACAAUCCAAAUUUUUCACGAGUUUCUCUAUUUUUGAUCCCAACAACUUUUCCAUCAUUUUUCUCACUUCAACGAAACCCAGUGAUUUUCUCACAAAGGGGUUUCUCUAGAUUUCACUUUUCUCUAUUGUUUCUUCUUAAUUUGCUUCUACCAUAUGUAAUUUUCUCGAUCAAAUUCAACGUUUUGAAGCUGCAUCACAAUGGGAAAACACACCUUAUUGAAACUAUUAUUGUUUUCUCUGAUUUUGUUUCAUUGUUCUGAUGCUUUCUUUAUUAGGGAUUUCAGAAAUUUGAUUGAUUCAACAACAAAGGAUUCUCCAAUACCAAAAGAGAAACAAUUAGAUCCAAAAAACACUGUUGAUGCUAAUGUUCCACCAGUUUCACCGCCACAAUCGUUACCUAAGGUGGAGAAGAAUAACAAUGGUGAUAAUCAAAAUGGGACCAAUAAAAUUGAUACUAAUACACCUCCCCCUGUUACGGAAACUGCACCCCCUCCUCCUGUUACGGAAACUGCACCCCCUCCUCCUGUUACGGAAAUUGCACCCCCUCCUCCUGUUCCGGAAACUGCACCGCCUCCUCCUGUUCCGGCAAAUGCACCACCUCCUGUACCCAAAAAAGCUGAAGAAGAUGUGAAGGGUAAAAGUGAGGGGAUUAAACUUGCACAUUCUACCACUAAUGACAGUUGUGUUGGACUGAAUUUUUGCACAGAUGAUGGAGUCUUGGUUGCUUGCAUUUCCAAUAUGGAUUCCAAACACUUUGUUGUUCUACUUCAAAAUAGAGGGGAUGGCACUAUCAAAGUGAAGCUUCGCAGUGAUUAUGAAAGUAACCUUGGAGAUGUAGAAGUUGACAAAAAUAAAACAGAAAAGGUCACUAUCAAACGAAUUAGAAGCGAAAGUACAGAACUGACUUUGGAUGCCGGAAAAGGGGAUUGUGUGCUUCACGCUGCUACUCCUGUACCUGAGCAGAGUUUUUUUCUGCGCCUUCCUUCUUAUGACAAGAUUUUAACACCAGUAAAUGGCGCCUAUUUCCUCAUAUUCACAUUACUAGUCUUUGGAGGGAUAUGGGGUUGCUGCUGCAUGUUCAGGAAGAAACGACAUGACGAGGUCCAAUAUCAAGAACUCGAAAUGGCAUUGCCAGAGUCUGUUUCAGCUACCAAUGUGGAAUCUGCUGAAGGUUGGGAUCAGGUAUGGGAUGAUGAUUGGGACGACAAUGCAGCAGUUAUAUCGCCAGCCGUACGCCAUGCAGGAAGUAUCUCAGCAAAUGGCCUUACUUCUAGAUCUUUAAACAAAGAUGGAUGGGAAGAUAACUGGGAUGAUUAGUUAUCAAAAGGGAAAAGGAAUAAGGUAAAAAGAUAUUAACUUCAAAAGCGACAGCAAAAAAGCAAACAUAGUUGGGGAGGGAUGUGACAAAUGUGGCUGUGCUAGGGCAUAACUUAAUAUAUGACCUUGCAAAGGGGCAGCAAAAAAGAAGAGAGAAGUGUGAUAGUUUUAACACAUUGGAUUGUUAAUCUUGAAUGUGUAAUAGUGAAUGCCUUGGCUCAAAAGAGAGUCAAAGGAAACUGUGUAAAUGAAAUAUAGAAGCUAAAGUUUUGUUUUUUGCUUUAUUAAAAUCCAUUUACUUCUUUUGGCACACACUGUAAACUGCUUUUAUUUUGCUAUAUUUUGAGGAUAUUUUCUAUUCUUAUUAGAGGUGAUGGGGGUGACUUGUGAGAUGUAUUGAAAAUUUGAAAUCCACAGUAGUAUUGGCUUUUUGGUAAUGAUAUGAAAAAAGUAUUGGAUGGUGUUUUUGGUACCUCUCCAA